GCAUGUUCCAGGAACGUCCGAUGAGAUCGUAGAGAGGCGGAGAGAAUUCUAGGGUACGAUUUGCUUCGUUCUCGUUCUGAUUUCAUCGAAGAAGUGAAUGAAUGAGAAACCCUCCGUCUCUGUUAUCUCUCACCAUUGAUUCUGCUGUUCUUAAUCUCUCCUGCAUCUCCGAUCUCUCCUUUCUUCCCGAUCAUGUCCUCCUCGAUCUCUUCCUGCGAACACUCAGAGCUGGAAAGUUGAACGAGAGAGUUCUGAAGCUCUUUGUGGCUUCUGGAAAGGAUGAAGUUCUUUCUCUUAUUCAUGCCCUUAAUAUCAAGCUUGUUGUGACCCCUGUUCUCCCUACCCGAUGCUGCGAGAAAUUCUGAACGGGUAUGUUGAAAUGUAAAGCCUUAACGUGAAACUCGAAUGAAGUGAAAGAAGACAUAAGGAUCUGCAGUUUCUUAGCUUCAAGAGAAAUCAGCCCGUGUGAUUACAAGUAGUGCCCCUCCUAACGAUUAUGAGCAUUGCAGUUUGCAUUUUGACCAAGUUCUCACCUCAUUCAUGGAGUAUAAUAUCUGAUCGUGCGGGAAGUGAACAUUGUCACCUUCAACCGGAACUGUUGAGAUCUUUCUCAGUAUCAGUAUCUCACACACAAAAAAUGGUUCUCCUUCAACCAUAACCUGUGUGUGUAUAUAUAUAUUCAUGAAUAUAUUCGUGGGUGGGGAUCAGAAUCUGGGAUUGAGAUAGAGAGAUAGAUUCAGGAACUUGAGGUGGGCUUUCAAAUCUCUGAAGAGUAAGCUCUGUGAAUAUUGAUGAAAACUUUGUCGUUAUGGUUAUAUAUAUAUAUAUAUAUAUGUAAUGGUGUAUUGAAGGGAAUAACUUGUUGUACAGUGCAAUAAAUGGUUUUUCUGAAUAAUCUUUGUUGUUUUUAUCGAA